GGCAGUUGGCGGCAGUCGCCGACUGAACAUUGAAGUGAACAUUCUACGUUCGUCCGGGAAAGUGUGCGCGCGCGCCUUGUUUUAACUGCAAUCAUUUCGUUAUCAUUAGUAUUUCUAUAAGAUUGAUAACAUCAUUACAUCAUCAGAGUGAUAAGAUUCAAGGACUAAGUUACAGGCGAACAGACGUUUCACCGCGGUUGUAGUAUGCAACAGCUGUAUUAAAAUUAAGUGUGAACAAUAUAGUAUAUUGUCGUUAAGUGUGAAUAUUGUGUUGAACUUUGUCGGAUGUCGCGGCACGCACCAUGGGGACGUCAAAAAGACUGAAGAUAACAGUGGUUGGCGAUGGUAUGGUCGGCAAAACAUGUUUGCUCUACGUUUUCACGAAGAAUGAAUUUCCCGAAGAAUAUGUACCAACAGUGUUCGACAACUAUGUCGGUCACAUCACCGUGGAUGGUGAAGAGGUGGAAAUGGCGUUGUGGGACACUGCCGGCCAGGAGGACUACGAACGGUUAAGGCCUUUAUCUUAUACACAGACAAACUGUUUCCUUGUGUGCUAUUCGGUGGGCACUCGUUCGUCAUUCGAAAACGUGAUCCACAAAUGGUAUCCAGAGCUAAAACACUUCAAUGAAAAAGUACCCAUUGUAUUAGUUGCUACUAAAAUUGACCUGCGAGCAUCCGGCAGCGCAGUGAUUACGACACAAGAAGGAAAGAAACUAAAAAAGAAAAUUCGAGCAGUGCAGCUGGUGGAGUGCUCGGCGCUGGAGCGCGUCAACAUGAACGAGGUGUUCGAGGAGGCGGUGCGCGCCGCGCUGCGCAAGACGCCCGUGCACAAGCGCACCUGUGCAUAUCUCUGACACUCUUCAUACAUAUAAAUAUUUUCUCAACACGCCCCGCGGAAAUCACCAUCAACCAAACGACAAACAAGCCGCGCACUAUUCAAACAUUCGCUGUUUAGUCUUUCCAGAGUAACCGCGACUGUUAUUGGUUAGAUAUUGACUUAUAUGUUGCAUUUUAACUUCAAGUAUUAUUAAACUGCAAAAUGAGAAAAUAGAUCGACGAUAGUGAGAUUAGUCGGUUGAUACAUUGAGAUUUUAGUUUAAGAACAAGCGUUGAGUUAUGUGCUAUUUAUGAUACUAUUGUACAAACAUUAUUACUUAAAGUUUAUUUUGGUAUUAAGUUAAAUAUGAAAUGUAUAUUUGGUUUAGAAAUGUAAAUAUAAAGUUAGAUUAAUAUAUUUUACGACAAAAAGACCAAAUUUAAGGAAACGUAGUCUACCUACGUUAUUUUUCAUGAGCAAUAGCGCAAUGUAUUUUCCUCAAUGCAUGUAUUAAUUUGUUGCCUGUGGACUAAGCUUGGUUAUAGAUUCGUUGUACGUUGAGUGGCGUCUGUAGUAUGCAAGCUAUUAUAUUUUAAAGUAGAAUAAUUUGAUCACACUGCCACACUGUAGGUAGAUUUCCCUCGUUCUACAACUUGCAUUACACGAGCUUAGCUUAGAUACUUUAGGACGCAUUUUACCGGGUACAAUAAAGGGAAUGAGUAGUUGAGCCAUGCCCGAUGACGCCGAUGCCGGCGCACUUAUCCAAUGUUGGGUUUACAAACCAUACGUUAGUCAUCGGUUGCUUACCAAGGAUUUUCCGAAUCACAGAUAGAUGACGUCAUUAAUACACAGUACGUAAAUAAUAUGUAUGGUAUUUUACAAUAAACUGACUGAAUCAGUAUUUUUGUAGCACAGGAAACGAAUGCAAUAAUUGUAACACAUAUGAUAGAUAGUAAUAUUUUAACAGGAAAAUGCAAGAACUAUUUAUACUUAGAACAUGUAGAAUUUAUCUUACAAAAAUUAUAGUAAUUUUUAUCAAAAUGCGCCAGCCGGUGUUUUGUUUUAUGUAUUGAACGCCGCCAAAACUAAAGCACCAAAUGGAUAAUAAUUUACAAGUGUUAUUGUUUACCAAAAAUCCAUAUUUUAAGUAAAUAUAUUGUAUUAAUU